CCAUUGAUUAAAUUCAAUGGCACAACAAACUACUUUAGCAACAAAUUCCCAGCCACGCAACCAAGCAGAUUAUCGUCCAGUAGCAGAUUUUGCCCCUUCUUUAUGGAAAGACAUGAAUGUCUUCACAACUAAACUCUCUCAUUCGGACAUUGAAUCUGUUGAAAGACUUGUAGAAGAGCUUAAAGGAAAGGUGGAAAAAGCAUUAGCUGAUUGUACAAAUGAUUUGGGUGAGAAAGUUAGCUAUAUCAACGCAAUAUGUCGGCUUGGAGUGUCAUAUCACUUCGAGAAUGAGAUUGAAGAUCAACUCAAUCAAAUUUUUGAAGCUCAUUCCCACUUUGUUGAGGAGAAUGAUUAUGAUCUUAACAGUGCUGCUCUUCUGUUCCAAGUUCUCAGGCAACAUGGUUUCAAAAUGUCUUGCGGCGUAUUUAACAAAUUUAAGGACAAUAACAGCAUGUUCAAGGAAAGUUUAACCAACAACAUAAGGGGCAUGUUGAAUUUAUAUGAAGCUUCCCACUUCAGAUUGCACGGAGAAGAUAUUCUUGAGGAGGCCCUCGAAUUUACAAGGGCAAAUCUUAAGUUUUUGGCUGACAAAUCGAGACCUCAUCUAGCAAAACAUAUAUUAAAUGCCCUUGAGUUGCCCUUUCACCAUGGUUCUCCAAGAAUGGAGGCUCGCAAAUUCAUCUCUUUCUACGAAGAAGAUCUCGAAUUUAGAAACGAAACUCUUCUCCUGUUUGCCAAGUUAGAUUUCAGUAGGGUACAAUUACUACACCAACAGGAGAUACGACAUCUUAUGAGUUGGUGGAAUAGUCUUGACAUGGCGUCGAAAUAUCCUUACUCAAGAGAUAGAGUUGUUGAGCUCUACACAUGGUCUGUUUCAACUUUUUAUGAGCCUUGUUACUCACGAGCCAGAAUAAUAUAUUCCAAAUGUACGCUUCUUCUUGCAAUUAUAGAUGACACGUACGAUGCAUAUGGCACACUGGAAGAGCACAAACUUUUCACACAUGCCGUACAAAGAUGGGACGUGAAUGCGGUUGAUGAUUUGCCGGAUUAUAUGAGACCUGUUUAUCGUGCUAUCUUGGAACUUUUUGAUGAAUUGGAUGAGGAUGUAAAAGAGGAAGGAAGAUCUUAUAGUGUGUCAAUUACCAAAGUUGCAUUGAAACACAUUGUUGAAGCCUAUCUGGUUGAGUCCCAGUGGUUCCGCGAAGGAUUUAUUCCGCCAUUUGAAGAACGUUUGAGCAAUGGAAUAACCACAACUUCUUGGUUUUUCAGCACAGCAGCAAUGUUUGUAGGAAUGGGAGAAAUUGCAGGAAUCAAAGAGUAUGAGUGGCUUCAAAAGUAUCCAAAGGUCCUUGAAGCUUCAUAUAAAAUUUGUCGUCUCCAGGCGGACAUCGUAUCCCACCUGUUUGAGCAAGAGAGAGGACAUGUAGCCUCUGUUGUGGAAAGCUAUAUGCAUGAAUAUGGAGUCUCCAGAGAGGAAACGCUUGAGAAGUUAAGGAUUAUGAUAAGUGAUGCUUGGAAGGAUAUAAAUGAAGACUGGAUGAAACCAACAGCCGUCUCAACGCAUAUAUUGCUUAGACCUAUCAAUAUUCCACGCUUAAUGAAUAUCUUAUAUGAUAAACAGAAUGGAGUCUCAUUUCCAGAGUCUUGCAAGGACAAAAUCAUCGCACUCUACGUUGAUCCAAUACCCAUUUGAUUCUUCCAAGGUGUAUGUGAUUGAUUCGAUCGAUAAAAAAUGUCUAUAUCUAAUAAUUUCUUGUUUUAUCAUGCUAUUGAUCAGUCUUGGUUAUUAGUGCCCUGAAAUCAAUAAGGCGGGCAUGCAUUAUUGUUAUUUUUUUCACUGAUUGCAUGUAUCACAUAACAGAUCACCUUGAUAUAUUGAGAAACCAGGCCCUCCCUGCUAAAAAGCUGAAAGGUUUCA